ACAGAUUUACACGCAGAGAAGAGGGAGAUUUGUUUAAAGCUGGAAGCGGGACGCUGCUGUGCGGGGCAGAAAGGGGUUAAAGAGCUGCGAGUUUGGGGAUGGAGGAGAAGGACCGGAGCCCCAGAGGCGCGGAGGACUCGGGCGACGAGUCGCUGCUGCACGCGCCGGGCAACCUGCACGCCCACCGGGUCACCAACUUUUACAUCGACAACAUCCUACGGCCGGACUUCGGGCGGAGGAAAGAAGGCAUCGCGGCCAGCGACCACGACCAUGACCACCACCAUCAUCAUCACCAUCACCACAACCACAACCACCACAACCACCGCGCCGCCGUCACCAGCGAUCCCUCGGCGGCCACGGAGCCGGUGGGCGCGCCCGUACCCGAGGAAGGGACUUCUGGACCACGGGCGGGGGCUGGGGCAAAAAGGACCCCGGACGGAGCACGCGCCGAAAGCGCGGACCAGUGCCUGAGCUCGGACUCGGAGUGCUCUCAGAGCAGCGCGUCCGCAAAUAACCAGUCCAUGCUGUGGCCAGCCUGGGUCUACUGCACCAGAUACUCGGACAGACCAUCAUCAGGGCCAAGAUCCCGCAAACCAAAGAAGAAAACUAUGAGCAAAGAGGACAAGCGCCCGCGCACCGCCUUCACAGCCGAGCAGCUGCAGAGACUGAAGUCCGAGUUCCAGACCAACCGCUACCUGACCGAGCAGAGGCGGCAGAGCCUCGCGCAGGAGCUCGGCCUCAACGAGUCCCAGAUCAAGAUCUGGUUCCAGAACAAGAGGGCCAAGAUCAAGAAGGCUUCAGGGACCAAGAACACGCUGGCCUUGCACCUGAUGGCCCAGGGCCUGUACAAUCACGCCACCGUCACCAACAAGGAGGACAAAUCAGACAGCGACUGAGCGCGAGGAGGAGCAG